GUUUGCGUGAAAUUGUACACAAUAUAGGUAUUACUUGGAAUGCAGUUCACUGAUUAGAACGUGAUUAGUAUUUUAGCGAAAAAUGUUGGUUUUAUUUUAUAUUUAUUUUAUAUUGAAUGUACGAGCAGUGAAAGCCAUAAAAUGGGAUGCCCCGAAGCCUUAUGAUCCAGUGUGGUUGGCCAGCGUUCAAAGUCAUGCGCCCGUGCCACCAUUAGGCGAGACACGAUUUUCGUGUUGCUUUGAUGACAGCGAUGUAGAAUUCAGACUAUUUACAAGGCGGAACCCUUACAUGUACCAAGUUCUCAAAACUAACGAUUCGUCCAACCUGCGCAGCUCCAACUUUAACUUCAAUAACAAGGUGAAAGUUUUAGCUCACGGCUGGCUCAACCACGGGGACGGACCUAUGCCAGAAUCUAUUAAAGAAGCAUAUCUUAAUGUAAGCGAUUUGAAUAUAAUCGUUGUGGAUUGGGGAAAACCUGCCAAUGUAAACUAUAUCUGGGCCAGUUACAAUGUUGCCAUGGUUGGAAGGCUUCUCACAGAGUUCCUCAAUUUUUUGAUUGGUGAAGGGGUUUCAAUGGACGAUGUGCAUCUCAUUGGUCACAGCCUAGGUGCUCAUGUUGUUGGAAUAGCUGGCGCCUAUGUCAAACAAGGACCUAUUGAUACUAUAACAGGUUUGGACCCAGCGUUACCAUUGUUUACCCUGGGGAAUAAAGAUGCACGUCUGGACAAACACGAUGCACGGCACGUUGAAGUUAUUCACACUUGUGGGGGUUAUCUCGGCUUCGCUUCGCCAUUGGGGCACAUUGAUUUUUAUCCCAACGGCGGCACUCGGCAGCCAGGAUGCGGCUUUGAUUAUAGAGGUUUAUGUGCUCACAACCGGGCGCAUAUGUUUUUCGCAGAGUCUAUUAUUUCGGCCGUGCCCUUCACCGCAGUUCGGUGUGUAGACUACGACGAACUCUACUAUCAAGGAUAUUGUAAGGGCACCGGCGAGAAGUUGAUUAUGGGUGGAUUUGACAUACAUUAUGGGAAAGAUGGAAUUUACUACCUCAAGACCGGAGCGGAGAAACCAUUCGCCUUAGGGGACGUGAACCCAUGAGUUAAGGUCACCUCCACAUCUUCAUCAACGUCGAUAAAGCGUUUAUUUACGACAUUUGUGUAUAAUUAAUAUCCUUCAUCAAUACUACGUUACCUGGCAAGAAGUAUCUGUUUUUAUGAAUUUCAAUAAAAUUAUAAUUAGUCUGUUCUUUUUUACAUAAUAUAAAAUAAAUAUAAAUCAUGAAAUACACUUUAUUCGAGG